AUGGUUUUUCUGACCCACUGGAUCUCAACUUUUGGUGUGCCAGCCACCCUUAUCACCGACCGCGGAAGUCAAUUCCAAUCUAGCCUCUUCCGUGAGUUCACUAGACUGCUCGGGUGCGCGCACAUCACAACCACGGCAUACCAUCCUGCCUCCAACGGUCUCGUUGAGCGUCUACACCGCCAACUGAAGUCCGCACUGAUGUCCCAAACAGAGUCAGCUACUUGGAGUGUCAAUCUCCCUCUUGUGCUUUUGGGCAUCAGAUCUUCUGUCAAGGAGGACAUCCAAUGCACUGCCGCUGAACUUGUGUACGGUACACCCCUCCGUCUGCCCGGCGAAUUUGUGCAGCCUUCCACAACAAACACUAACAUCACGAGCACCUUCGUACAGCAGUUGAAACAACGCAUGGUCCAACUGCGUCCAACCCCCACUCGUCUGACCUCGAAACACGUGUUUGUACACGAGGACCUUAAAUCCGCCCCCUUUGUUUUCGUCCGGCAUGACGCAGUGCGCAAGCCCCUUUGUUCUCCCUACGAUGGCCCAUAUAAGGUCGUUCAGCGGAAUGACAAGUUUUACGUCCUUCAAAAGGCUGAUAAGACUGACACGGUCUCCAUUGACCGCCUUAAGCCUGCCUAUCUGGAGUGCCUCCCGUCGACCAGUGCGCCAUCCAUUCCCCCUACUACGUCCUCACCCGAUACACCCACUCCACACACCUACCCUCCAUCACCACACUUGACCAUUCUACACACCCAGCCGGAUCCUCCUCCCACACCACCGCCUAUUUCAUCUCGCUCCGGUAGACAUAUCCGUUUUCCCGCCAAACUUAAAGACUUUGUAGUGUAA